ACGGCCGCCCAGCACCCUACCGACGUGCUGGGGGGUGAACGCUGGCGCCAGGCCGCCAUCUUAGCUGUGGGCAUCUCUCAGCGCGCGUGGGGGUCGCCAUGUCUGUUGAGGGCGGCUGCCGGAGCGGCGCUGCCGGAGAGUGCGCCCGGGGACGGGGCGCUGCAGGCUAAUUACGGGUAACCUGUGUACACAACUGAAAGCCGUGAGAGGAGUUUGGCAGGAUGAAGCCUGUCAUUGUGGUGCAUGGUGGAGCUGGCCGGAUCUUUAAAGAACGAGAACAGGGAAGUCGUGAUGGUGUUGUCAGAGCUGCGCUGCGAGGUUAUGGUAUCCUGAAACAGGGAGGCAGUGCCUUAGAUGCAGUUGAGGAGGCAGUACGAUCAAUGGAAGAUGAUCCUCAUUUUAAUGCAGGCUGUGGAUCUGUUCUAAAUGAAAAAGGUGAAGUAGAAAUGGAUGCCAUAAUCAUGGAUGGAAAAAAUCUAGACUCUGGAGCAGUAUCUGCAGUUAAAUGCAUAGCAAACCCAAUAAAACUUGCUCGACUUGUCAUGGAAAAGACGAAGCACAUGCUGCUGACUGACCAUGGUGCACACCUGUUUGCUCAGGCCAUGGGUAUUCCUGAGACUCCAGGGGAGAAACUCAUAACCGAGAGAUCCCGGGAGAGAUGGAAGAAGAACCUUGAGGCAGAUUCCAACCCUGAAGAGUUUCAGAAAGACCUUGGAACAGUCGGUGCUGUUGCUAUAGACAGUGAAGGCAAUGUAGCUUGUGCAACAUCUACUGGAGGACUCUCUAAUAAACUGGUUGGCCGUGUUGGUGACACAGCAUGCAUAGGAAGUGGAGGUUAUGCUGAUAAUCAUUCUGGUGCCACUUCAACCACAGGACAUGGGGAGAGUAUUAUGAAAGUGGUCUUAGCCCGACUGAUCCUCUAUCACAUGGAGCAAGGAAUGUCACCGGAGAUGGCUGCUGACACUGCAUUAGACUACAUGAAGGCACGAGUUGGGGGUUUGGGGGGUGUCAUUGUUGUUAACAAUUCAGGGGAGUGGGCAGCAAGGUUCUCCACUAAGCAGAUGUCCUGGGCUACUGUAAAGGAUGACCAGCUGCAUUAUGGGAUUUAUGCUGGGGAGAGGCAUACAAAAUCUGUUGAUGAAGCACUUGCAUCUGGAAGUGGGGGAUUCUGAGAAUGAAGAACAUCAACUGAGGAAGAAUGAAGACCUUUUUUUUUGCUGGAGGACAGUGACAGUUGAUUUCAUCUUUCUGAAAGAUCUGUACUCUUUUGAUUGGUUCACAAGCAUCACCACAUUUACAGUCAAAAUGAAAUCUGGACAUAGUUCUUCAGUGGUCACGGACAGUGGAUGUAUAGUGUUUAUUAAUACUUUUGGGAAGUCAGGAGAUUCUCCUUUUCUAGAUGGGAAAGAGUGGUCAGUAGGUUUCUUGGUUAGCAUGCCUUAAUCCUACAUUAAAGGGAACCUGAGUUUCAGUAUUAGAGGAACUCCUUCCCGUGCCCAUUCUUAAGAGACUGCUGCCAGGAUGAUUUGAGAUGAAUACCUCUUAAUUAAAGACUGAAUUUUGAAAAUGGCAUUGCUCUCCAGAGUCUUUUGAGCAGUCAUCCCAUGAUAACAAAGUGCUGACUUUACUCGGUGAAGUACCACCACCAUCAGCCAGGAGUUCAGACUACGGCAUUGUCACAGGCUGGAGGUAACUGUCAAGGGAGAUAAUAAUAAUGAAGUAAAGAAAAUAACUUUUCUCCAGAGAUGGGUAAUGUGCUGCUUUCUAAGGAGUCCUGCUUUUAUUCCAUUCAUUGGCAUCAGGCCUACAAUUAAAAAACACAGACCACCACAAAGCAGGCUACAGUAUUUUGAAGUAUAUGUGGAUAGGUUACAGGAAAGAUAUUACUGAUUUAAUAUCUCUGGUAGUAGUAAAGAAGGUAAUGAUUUCAAGAAAUAUAAAGAAACCAGCAAUCUUUCCUACUCAAAUACAAAGGUGAUAGUCACCUUUUGAGUCUAAUUAUGAGACAGGUGAUGAUUAACUGGAAAAAUAUCUAAAAUUAAGUGAUAAAAGCAAGCUGUACUAAAACAAAUAAAACUGCCUCUUGACAAAC